UUGGCGACGGACGGGACGGGACGGGACGGGACGGGACCGGACCGGACCGGACCGGGCAGGACAGGACAGGACAGGGCAGGACAGGACCGGACAGGACCGGACAGAGCAGGGCAGGGCAGGGCACGGCAGAGGCGGCGGCGGCCGCCGCCCGCCCACCAUGUCAGUCAGUAGCUGCACCUUCGAGGACCGGUGCGUGGCCGUGUUGUGCUGCCGCUUCUGUCAGCAGGUGCUGAGCUCGCGAGGGAUGAAGGCCGUACUGCUGGCAGACACCGACAUUGACCUCUACUCCACCGACAUCCCGCCCUCGGGCACUGUUGAUUUCAUUGGAAGCUGUUAUUUCACCGAAAUCUGCAAGUGCAAGCUGAAGAAUAUUGCCUGUUUGAAGUGUGGUAAUGUUGUGGGUUAUCACGUGAUUUCUCCCUGCAAACCUUGUCUGCUGUCCUGUAAUAAUGGCCACUUCUGGAUGUUUCAUAGCCAAGCAGUCUUUGGCAUCAACAGACUAGACCCUUCAGGUGUGAAUGUCUUACUCUGGGGCAACUUGCCAGAUUUGGAGGACAGUACAGAUGAAGAUACAUCUUGCAUGUCUGAGGAGGAGUAUAUCAGAUAA